AUGGAACCAAGAAGACGUAAGAUCGAACAACUUGAUGCAUUCUACGCAUGCAUCAAGGAAUGCUUCAUGAUAGGAAACACUGAAGUGCUGUAUAUUCCUCAAAAAAAAGCCCACGUGUCGCCUUACGGCGAGACUAGUUUGCCCGAGGAGUAUAGCAACCACCCUCAGCUAGCUUUAUUCUACUACUCCUACAUGAUCGACGAGCACACCUUUACCGCUAUUCGAUCCAAUCUGCUGUUUGAAUGGCCUCAACCCUACGUGAUACUCAACACCAUAGUAAGGCGGUUAGAAUGUCACCGGUUCAUUGUGAAUAACAAUUAUCAUUGGCUUCCUGAUCAAUUGAAGGAUUUUAUUGGCCACGGCCUGGAGUGUCCCAAUAAGAACUCAAUAGAGGGGUUAACACCCUUCCCAGAAUCAAGAAGACGGCGAACGAUCCACAUCUGUUUGGGCCCAGCGGACAAAAUUUUUGAAUUCUUUGAGAAAUUAACAAACAUGGAUGCUGCACGGUCAAAAUUUCCACAUCUUUCCAGGCUUAAUGUGAGGUUUAGCUGCCUGAAAGGGUUCGGUAAUAGUUUAGAAAGAGUUCAGCGACUUGCUAGGGCUAUCCGGAAAGUAUGGAUUUACGAACUUGUUAGUUCAGGGGGAGCGACCGGGCAACGGAAGGGUGCUAGUUCCGUUAAACUGGAGAAAACUUCUGGUGCGGGGGAGCAAUUUGAUGGUCAAGAGCAGGCACAGGAACAGGAGCCAGCACAAGACAAUUUCCAGCAUGAGAUCACAGACGCUGCCUCGUUCUGGGAGAAGCUGUCAGAGUUGGAAUCUCACCGGCUCGUUGCCGGGGCGGAUGAUGCCCGGCAGCUUAAAAAAGCCGGUGCUUACCUUCAAAGUGACGCCGACCUUCAGAAAGAAUUCAAGAGAAACAAAAACAUGGUCAAAAACAUAUUUUACAGUUACGUCAAAAGCCUUAUGUCAGCCGAGGGACAGGUGAAGUUUAAUAGAGGUGUCAAGUGCCUACAAAAUGGGAUUGUCAAUGUGAAUCUCUCAUACGGUCCUUGUAAAUGGAUAAAGGCGGUGACAGUAUCUUUGGCUGUGCAAAGUAAACAUAAUGAGGCGCAAGAUGUAACGUUCGUGCUCAAAUGUUCAAUGAGUUAUAAAGAUUACAAAAAGAUAGCUACAGGGAAUUGA